AUGUGCCAUAUGCCUAUGCGAAAAGCGAGUUUUAAGGAUAAUAUUAGGGUGCUCGGAAGGUAUCUGCCGAAAUACGACAAAAUUUCAACGGUAGAUUCCAUGAACUCCCCACCAGACGCUCAGCAUGACCUUCUUCUCAUGGAUUUCACCUUUCACGAAAGGAUCCGGCAUUUCAUCGCCAGCGCACCACGCACGUUUACAGUCGAAUCUGCGGCUUCUGGAGAGCAGCUGAGUGCAGAUGUUCAGGCGUCUCUGGCGGUUGCCGUCGCUCAAUGCAUGGGGGAGCCACAGAGCGAGUUUCUUCACCAUUCCGAGAGAUCGCAGUCCAUUGCUCACGGUGGACAGCGAACAGCCAAGACUGGCAGCAAAUUAUGGCGGUUCUUCCCACCCAGGAGCUUCCAUAUUUGCUCAAUUCCUGAACGUGGCCUCCUUUUUCAUGAUCCUUACGUUCUAUGCGAAGCAUCGCCAAUUCGUGGAAUACUACGGACAUCGGCUGAAUUGGGAGAGAACAAGGUGGUGGCGGGUGUCAUUGGCCUUGAUGUGGGCAGGAGUUACAUGUGCACUCGGAAUGAUGUUGGUUGCAAACUUUCGCGUGAGUUCAGUGUUGUAAUAUUCAGGCUGGUAUGGACCGUUAUGAACAGAGAAGGUGGCAGUGAAGAUGCUUCGACUGGCUCAUUUAAGCUCCUCUGA